UCCGCCCCCGCGCUGGCUUCUCCCUGGCCAGUCGCGCGUGGGCUGAGGCCCUGGGCGGGUGUUGCGAAGACUUGUUUGCUUGAGUACGGACCCCGUGGCGUCCGGAGUUCCCUUCCUCGAGUGUGGGGCGCAGACCCCCUGCCCGGGGUGAAUGGGCUGUCGCGUGGCCUGCUGAGGGCAGGCUGGGGAGCACGGGGGCCGGGGCCGCGGCCAUGAACUCACCCGUGGACCCCUGCGCUAGGCAGGCACUGAAGAAGAAGCCGCCCGAGCGGACCCCCGAGGACUUAAACAUUAUUUACGCUUACCUUCAUGGAAUGGAAAUAUUAUCAAAUCUCAGGGAACAUCAACUUAGAUUAAUGUCUGCAAGAGCACGCUAUGAGAGAUACAGUGGCAAUCAAAUUCUUUUUUGCUCUGAAACUGUUGCCAGAUGUUGGUAUAUCCUGCUUUCUGGAUCUGUGCUUAUGAAAGACUCCAUGGUCUUGCCUCCUUGCAGUUUUGGUAAGCAGUUUGGAGGAAAAAGAGGAUGUGAUUGUCUUGUAUUAGAGCCUUCAGAAAUGAUUGUGGUAGAGAAUGCCAAAGAUAACGAAGAUAGUAUUCUGCAAAGAGAAAUUCCUGCCAGACAGUCUCGACGAAGGUUUCGGAAAAUUAACUGUAAAGGAGAGCGCCAAACCAUUACUGAUGAUGUGGACAUAAACAACUAUUUUUCUCUUCCAGCAGAUCUUACCAAGAUACACAUCACAGACAACCCUCAUCCACAGGUGACUCAUGUGUCUUCUAGUCAGUCUGGUUGUAGCAUUGCCAGUGACUCUGGGAGCAGCAGUUUAUCUGAUAUUUAUCAGGCUACAGAAAGUGAGGUAGGAGAUGUAGAUUUAACACGUCUUCCAGAAGGACCUGUUGAUUCUGAAGAUGAAGAGGAGGAAGAUGAAGAGAUUGACAGAACAGAUCCACUUCAGGGGAGAGAUCUUGUUCGAGAAUGUCUUGAAAAAGAACCUGCAGACAAAACUGAUGAUGACAUUGAACAAUUACUGGAGUUUAUGCAUCAGCUCCCUGCUUUUGCAAAUAUGACCAUGUCCGUAAGGAGAGAACUCUGUUCAGUGAUGAUUUUUGAAGUGGUAGAGCAGGCUGGAGCUGUUAUUCUUGAAGAUGGGCAAGAGCUUGACUCGUGGUAUGUUAUUUUAAAUGGCACUGUAGAAAUCAGUCAUCCAGAUGGAAAAGUUGAAAAUCUUUUUAUGGGAAAUAGUUUUGGAAUUAAUCCAACUCUGGAUAAACAGUACAUGCGCGGUGUUGUAAGGACUAAAGUAGAUGAUUGUCAGUUUGUUUGUAUAGCCCAGCAAGAUUAUUGGAGAAUUUUAAAUCAUGUGGAGAAAAAUACUCAUAAAGUUGAGGAAGAGGGAGAAAUUGUUAUGGUGCAUGAGCACCGUGAACUGGAUCGGAGUGGAACCAGGAAAGGACACAUUGUAAUCAAGGCAACACCUGAGCGUCUCAUCAUGCAUUUAAUAGAAGAACAUUCCAUUGUGGACCCAACUUAUAUAGAAGAUUUCCUAUUAACUUAUAGAACAUUUCUUGAAAGUCCUUUGGAUGUUGGAAUCAAACUUUUGGAAUGGUUUAAAAUUGAUAGCUUAAGAGAUAAGGUCACACGGAUUGUGUUACUAUGGGUAAAUAAUCAUUUUAAUGAUUUUGAAGGUGAUCCAGCUAUGACUCGAUUUCUGGAGGAAUUUGAAAAGAAUCUGGAAGAUACGAAAAUGAACGGUCAUCUCCGGUUAUUGAAUAUUGCUUGUGCUGCAAAGGCUAAGUGGAGACAAGUUGUGCUGCAGAAGGCUUCCCGGGAGUCCCCUCUGCAUUUCAGCCUUAAUGGAGGAAGUGAGAAGGGAUUUGGUAUUUUUGUUGAAGGAGUAGACCCUAGUAGCAAAGCUGCUGAUGCAGGACUGAAACGUGGUGAUCAGAUAAUGGAAGUAAAUGGACAAAACUUUGAGAAUAUUACAUUUGUAAAGGCCCUUGAAAUUUUGAAGAAUAAUACUCAUCUUGCACUUACUGUGAAGACCAACAUUUUUGUUUUCAAAGAGCUACUUAGUAGAACUGAACAGGAGAAAUUUGGUGUACCUCAUAUUCCCAAAAUUGCUGAAAAAAAAAGUAAUCGCCAUUCAAUCCAGGAUGUACCAGGAGAUAUUGAACAGACAUCACAGGAGAAAGGAAAUAAGAAAAUAAAAGCAAAUACUGUUUCAGGUGGAAGAAACAAAAUCAGGAAAAUUUUGGAUAAAACACGAUUUAGUAUCUUGCCUCCAAAACUAUUUAGUGAUGGAGGCCUGAGCCAAUCACAAGAUGACAGCAUUGUGGGAACAAGACACUGUAGGCAUAGUCUGGCUAUAAUGCCUAUUCCUGGAACUCUCUCAUCAAGCAGCCCAGAUCUCCUGCAGCCUACCACCAGCAUGUUGGAUUUUUCCAAUCCUUCAGAUAUUCCUGAUCAAGUUAUAAGAGUUUUCAAAGCAGAUCAACAGAGUUGCUACAUUAUCAUCAGUAAAGACACCACAGCUAAAGAAGUUGUUUGUCAUGCUGUUCAUGAAUUUGGUUUGACUGGUGCCUCUGAAACAUACUCUCUCUGUGAAGUUUCUGUUACUCCUGAGGGUGUCAUAAAACAAAGAAGACUUCCAGACCAGUUCUCCAAAUUAGCUGAUAGAAUUCAGCUCAAUGGAAGAUAUUAUUUAAAAAAUAACAUGGAAACAGAAACUUUAUGUUCAGAUGAAGAUGCUCAAGAAUUAGUAAAGGAAAGCCAACUGUCCAUGUUGCAACUCAGUACCAUUGAGGUGGCCACUCAGCUGUCCAUGAGGGAUUUUGAUUUGUUUCGUAAUAUUGAGCCUACAGAAUACAUUGAUGACCUUUUUAAGUUAGAUUCCAAAACAGGAAAUACUCACUUGAAAGAAUUUGAGGACAUUGUAAACCAAGAGACAUUCUGGGUUGCCUCAGAGAUUUUAACUGAAUCAAAUCAGCUUAAAAGAAUGAAAAUUAUUAAGCAUUUCAUUAAAAUUGCGCUUCAUUGUCGAGAAUGUAAGAACUUCAACUCCAUGUUUGCAAUAAUAAGUGGUUUAAACCUGGCAUCUGUAGCACGACUCAGAGGAACUUGGGAAAAGUUGCCAAGCAAAUAUGAGAAGCACCUCCAAGAUCUACAAGACCUUUUUGAUCCAUCUAGAAACAUGGCAAAGUAUAGAAAUAUUCUUAGUAGUCAGAGCAUGCAACCUCCAAUUAUUCCACUCUUUCCUGUUGUCAAGAAAGAUAUGACAUUCCUACAUGAAGGAAAUGACUCCAAAGUAGAUGGCUUAGUAAAUUUUGAGAAGUUACGAAUGAUUGCCAAGGAAAUCCGUCAAGUUAUUCGAAUGACUUCUGCUAACAUGGAUCCAGCUAUGAUGUUCCGACAGAGGAAGAAGAGGUGGCGGAGUCUGGGGUCAUUGAGUCAAGGCAGCACAAACUCAAACAUGCUAGAUGUUCAGGGAGGUGCUCACAAAAAAAGGGCACGCCGUAGCUCCCUGCUGAAUGCCAAGAAGCUGUACGAGGAUGCCCAAAUGGCAAGGAAGGUGAAGCAGUAUCUCUCUAGUCUGGAUGUAGAGACAGAUGAGGAGAAGUUCCAGAUGAUGUCAUUGCAGUGGGAACCUGCAUAUGGUACCUUGACCAAGAAUUUAAGUGAGAAGAGAUCAGCCAAAUCAUCAGAAAUGUCUCCAGUGCCUUUGAGGUCUGUUGGCCAAACAGCUAAAGCCCACUUACAUCAGCCUCACAGAGUGAGCCAGGUGCUUCAGGUGCCUGCUGUUAAUUUGCACCCCAUCAGGAAGAAAGGACAAUCAAAAGACCCGGUCACAUUGAGUACAGGUUUACCUCAGAAAGUAUUAGGAGCAACUGAAGAAAUAAGUGGUAAGAAACAUACAGAAGACACUAUUUCUGUGGCAUCAUCCUUACAUUCUAGUCCUCCUGCAUCUCCUCAAGGUUCUCCUCGAAAAGUUGGCAGUAUCCUAUCUGAUCACAGCAUCCUGCUGCGCCUCUCAGGGUCUUCCUCAUCCCCUCCCCGUGAGUCCAGCACCAAGAUCAGUGGCCAGAGCUGCCCCGGAAUAGGUUAUACACUUAUACCAUCAGCUAAAUCUGACAACUUAUCUGACUCCAGCCAUAGUGAGAUUUCUUCACGUUCCAGCAUUGUGAGCAAUUGUUCUGUUGACUCCAUGUCUGCAGCUCUACAGGAUGAACGGUGUUCCUCUCAGGCUGUGGCAGUCCCUGAAUCUACUGGGACAUUGGAAAAGACAGAGCACUCCUCAGGGAUUGGAGACCAUAGUCAACUGGGCCCUGGGUGGACACACUCAAAGCCACCUCUAAUCAAGAGUUUAGCUGUCUCAUCCUCUGUGAGCACUGAAGAGAUUUCUCAUGAACAUGUCAUUAUAGAAGCAGCCGAUAGUGGUCGUGGCAGUUGGACUUCCAGCAGUUCCCAUGACAACUUCCAAAACCUUCCAAACCCAAAAGGCUGGGAUUACUUGAACUCUUAUCGACAUACACAUUUGGAUGGCCCCAUUGCUGAAGUUGAACCCACUGACUAUGAACCAUAUUCCUGUCCUAAAGACUGCUCUAGAACUUGUGGUCAGUGUAAAGGAAAUCUAGAGACUCAUCAGAUGAGACAGAGUUGGGCCUCCUCCAGUUCUCUCUCUGAUACUUACGAACCAAAUUAUGGGACAGUUAAACGGAGAGUGUUAGAAAACUCUGCAGCGGAGUCUUCUGAUGGUUUGGACCCCAAGGAUGGCACUGACCCAGUAUAUAAAACUGUUACUUCAAGUACAGAAAAGGGCUUGAUUGUGUACUGUGUCACCUCACCCAAGAAGGAGGAUAGGUAUAGGGAGCCACCUCCCACUCCUCCAGGAUACAUGGGGAUUUCUUUAGCAGACCUAAAGGAAGGACCCCACCUACACCUAAAACCUCCAGAUUAUAGUGUGGCAGUGCAGAGGUCAAAGAUGAUGCAUAACAGCCUCUCUAGACUGCCACCAGCUCCUCUCAGUAGCAACCCCGUGGCCUGUGUUCCAUCGAAGAUUGUAACUCAGCCUCAGAGGCCUAAUGUGCAGCCAUCCCAUCCUAAACUUGCAGAUGUGACUGAUGCAGAUAGUGAAGCAGAUGAAAAUGAACAGGUUUCAGCAGUCUAGCCUCUGGAUGACCCAUUUGAAGACUGCUGAUGGUCAUGGAAGGAAUGAGCAGAAGCACCUCAUGAUUCUGCAGGACAUUGCCAACAAACAGCUCGCUGCUGCUACUAAGUCAGAGGUUUCAUUCCAUGUCCCUGAACAAUGAGAUAGCCUGAAUCAUGCUUCCUUUCAUUUAAUCCUUGCAGAUGCAUAGUUUUCUCAGCUAUGCAUGUUGUGCCUGGAUACCAGUUUUCACUUUGUACACCAGACCUGCCUUGGGACCACAGUUAUUAGUACAGAUUGUAACUCAGAGUCCUCCCCUAUGUAUAUCAACUAUAGAUUUUGCUUUAACAAGUUUUCAGAUGUACUAUUAUUAUUUCCAGCCCUAGCUGGAACUAACAGAUGAAUUCAGAAUGCCUGCCUUUAUCGAGACUGUUAUUGAGUGUUUGAAAAGUAACUUAUUUGAACUUUAGUGUUUUCUUUGUGUUCAGGAGCUCUCAUUAACUGAUGUUUUUGUUUGAGGCCAUAAAACAGAAGUCAUCUUUACAGGAUAAACUGCUUGAACUGUACAAAGAUAUAACUUGAUCUUUAGCUUCAGUGCAAUGUAGGGUCUCAGUUUGAGUGGAACAGGAAGCUGUUAGUGAUUGAAGUGUUAAGAUGGACAGUACUGGCAUCUGCAGGGAUUUGAAAGGCCAAAUGAAGCUGCCACAGGGUUUAUCAGUUCUUUGGGGAAGGGGUGGGAGGGAGAAUAUAAUGGGUGAAGAGCAACCCUAAAUUCCAAAGGAUGGAUUUUUUUAUAUUAAAUAACAUGUAUGACCAACUAUGAAUUAGAAAUCAAGUUGCAUCUUACUAUAAUUCAAAGUAUAAAUCCAGUAAAUAGAUAAUGGGUUCUAGAUAGUUCUAUGCUAUAAAAUUCCAAAUUGAAGUUCUUUUUUGAAAAGAAGUCUAAUCAUUGGUGGUGUAAUUAUGAAGAUGAAUUGCGCUUUAUGUAGUGUUUUCAAACAUCCCCAUCCCCAGUUUUCCAGCUUGCCUUCAAUGAACCUCUUUAUCCCAACAAAGUACAUAAUUGAUUUAAAUUUUUGUGGGAAAGGGGCUAGAAUUAUAAAAUGAUUAUCUCCUGGUUCUCAGUUUAGCCCUUGAGAAAAAUGAGAUAUGUACUUUAAAGCCUGAUGGGCAUGGCACUCUUAAGUAUUUAAUCAAAAUUUCAGUGACUGUUUACUGAAUUGCCUAAGCUUUUUAACAUUUUUAAAAAUUAAGUAUAAUUUUUUAUGUCUUAAGUUUAAAUGUUUCCUUUGUUUUUUAGUGUCAAGUUUAGAGUUUAAUAAACUUCUGUGACUACCAAAAAAAAAAAAAAGCCAAAGCCAUUAAUGUGCACUACCCAGAUCAACUUGGAGCCAAAAUGGGUUUACUUCUGAGUGAGUGGUUUUCUCUAUGUGAAUGUAUAGGAUUCAUUAGUUCAUAAGUUUGUUUCGAGUCUUUGUUCUUUCUCUUUCCUACCUGACUUUCCCCUCUAUUUACCGGUCUUUCCCCUUCAUUUACAUAGCACUAAUCAGUUCCAAGUGAUAAAUGCUAAUAGUUCAUCAAAAUAUUUGUUUCUUCAUUUUAGGAAAGUUAGCAUGUAUGAAAAACCUCCCCUAGGCAAAAUAGUUAAUCUAAAACUUAAGCCUGAGACAUUAACUCCAGGUUAAAAUGAGGUUCGUUAGCUCCAUAGCUUUCUCGGUCCACUGAAAUGGAAAAUAACUUGGAACAAAAAUCCUGGUUCAAGAAGUAACACUGUUAUUAUUUGACCUAUAAAUAGUGAUUGUCUUAUCAAUUUUAUCCUUCACUGAUUUACACCAUAUUUUAUGUCCAAAGCAAAACAAAGUAAAAGAUAUUUUUACAAUAACCAUCUUUUUAUCAAGUUUGAGUAUUUAUCCUUGCCAUUUUUAUAUCCAUCACCCAAAAAGUGCUUUUUCACAGUAUCUGUUUAGUAGGUCUUUAAAAAUCAUUUGGAAGCCUACCUGUCUUUGAACUUAAUGCCGUUGGUAAUAUCUUGCACAGAGACUGAAAGGCUUGCAGUUUUGGACUUGUAUCUUGUCUGCCUUUCUUUUAUCUAACUUGAACUGUGAGUGUUUGGAUCAGCUGAUCACAUUGAUCAGCAACUAAAGCCACAUACUUUGUCAUUUGAUGUGUAUGUAUCCCUUUUAAAAAUCAUGGCAUUUUGAAUUUUCUAUUUCAAUUUAGGUUAUACUCCUGGCCUCUCUGUUUGUCAUAUGACUAGAACAAGAGAUGGUAUAACCUGUAUUUGCUCUUAUUCUGAAUCCCCAUUUUUUAUUUUACAAAUUUAUAACUUUAAUGAAAGGAUAGUGCCCUCACCCCACCACAGCUCUGAAUCUGUCAGGACUAUUGAAGCAAGAAAUCCUCUCUGCAAAGUUUUGCCAAAUAAUACAACAAAUGAGUCUCUUCAAAAUGAAAGGUGGAAAAUUGAAAAAUCUAAUGUAUAUUAUCAUAAAAAUGUAUAGUAAUAACUAAUAGAUUCUUUCUUCCUCCAAAUGAUUGCUUUCAGUAUGAUCUCUGGGGAGAAGUCAUCUUAGAUGGUUUCUCAGGAGAUGAUAAGUCACAUUGUCCUCUGUAUCACUGCUUGAGAUUCUCUCCCAGACUGGAACUGUGGCUAGAAUGAUGGGGAUUUCCAAAAACAAACCUAAUUUUAUUGUGUUCUUCUCUCCCCUGAAAAGAAGAGAAGGUGUUUCCUUGUAUAUUUAAAAUAAUGGUUAUUGUUCUGAUCUAAGUUUUUUUUUAAAAUGUAAUUUUGAAGUGGCUGUGUCCCUUUAGCAUUUCCUUAAUUGCUAAGGGGUAAAUCUUCAGAGAAGUGUCAAAAUACAUUUUCAGAGUUAAACUUGAACCCAGUUUGCUUUUAGCUUUUGUUGUGCUAUUAUAAGUUGUCUUUUUUUUUUUUUUUUGAGGUUAUCUGCAAAAGACAAAAACAAAACUUCUAAUAAUCAAAUAGCAAUUCUACUGCACAAUUCAGUGAUUGUAAAGUAUCCUGUAACAAGCAAUGUUUGUCUCCUAUUUUUUGAUACCUCUUAAACUUAUGUCUUUUAAAAAGACAGUGCCUCUGUAUGCUUUUUGUAUUUUUACUGAGUGUAAAUAUUUGUUAUAUUUUUGGUUAAGAGAAUGUAAAAGUACCAUUUAUUAAUACCAUAUCUACUAAUUGGUGAACUCAAUAAAGAAUCUACAUUAACCUACUCUGCACUUUACUGCGUUCAUAUGGAAUCAGAUGAAAUACAUCUCCAGUCAUUCAAAAGGGUCAGUGGCGAACAUGUGUUGGUGUGAAGACCUUAUUUUUUAAAUCUCUUGAGAAAUUGAGAGUGUAUUGUUGGCUUUAUAGUAUUUGUGAAAUGUCUAGUUAUUGCUUAGAUGUUUUAAACUUUUUAAAAAACUAAACAACUGUGGCUUAAACCUGGCUGGGGCUUGUUUUUCUUUUAUAACAGGAAUGUCUCAGGGAGAUUGCUGAUAUAGUGAAUUUGCGAUGCUGUCAGGGACUCAAGGCCCUGGUAAUUACGCGGUGGGACAUCGCCUCAUUGCUUCAUGAAGGAUGGACUUAGAAGGAAAGGUCCAAAUGUGUGUUCCGUUCUGUUAGUAACAUAACUUUUCCAGAAGCUCCACUUGACUAUUUCUGCUUAUGUCCCACUAGUCAAAAUGGUGUCACAUCAGCAGCAGCAGCAAGGGAACCUGGGAAAUGAAAGUUUUUGACUGAAAUAAAAGUGAAGUUCUUUCUAGUGAAGAAGAAAAGAAUAGAUACUGAAUGGGCCACUAGCUGGGUCUACUACAGCAUCCUUUAUGGCCACUUCUUUAGGGAGUAUUUGUAAAUGCAACAAUUUGUUUUACAGAAUCAGAUCCCAGGACUCUGGCAAAGAAGAAGGAAAAUUCUGAUUUAGCACUCCUUUCUAAAAGUCUUCCCAUUCUCCCUUCUGCACCCAGAGAAUUUUACUCCCAUGAAAGCACAUAGUUUGGAGUCUUGAUCUGGAAACGUGCCAGGAACCCAAGUGCUCAGGGUUCCAGAAUCCAGUGUGACCCCACUCACCGUCUGGAGAACAUGGAGCUGCCUUUCUGGCUUUUGACCUCCCCAAAGCCAGCAAGUCCGUUCAUCGUUGCCAGGACCUCGGCCUGAGGAGACUAAGACACUACACAAGCAGUGAAAAUCAGAGGAUAUUGUGUGGCAUUUUCUCAUGAUCCCGAGAAGCCUAACUGACCUAGGCACAGGAUUGCAACACAAAUGAGGACUUUCUAUCAAGAU